CUGCACAGUAAUCAUUUAGCAGUGAUAUGGUAAAUUAGUUUACUAAUUAACUGUAAUUAAUAGCAGUUUAGUCAUUUACAUCAUAUAAUCAUCGAAAGUGGUUUAUUGUUCACAAAGUGCCACUGAUUUGAAUACAGCAAAAAGUGUUUGUAUCAGUGACAUCAUGAAAUUCACAAAUCCAGAAUAACUCUAAUUCAAUAAAACAAUCAAAUAUUAAUUUAUUAUGAUUUCCUUAUAUUCCUGGAGUGUGUGGGACAGCAAUUUAUUCCAAAAUGUUGCAGUUUUUCCUGAUUCUCUCUGCAGUUUAUGCCAUGGGCAUGGCAGCACCUUUACCAGAUUUUUUCUCUUACUCACCUGCUGUUGGGGACGGCAGUGGGACUGAAUUUUCCACUGCCAAUGAAGGUCGCAUCACUGGUAUCAGAGUCUGGGAAUACAAUUACUACUGGGGCGGCUAUAUUUCUGGGUUCCAGCUGAAGUACGAGAGUAACUGGACAGCAGUGGUUGGUGCAAAUGGUGGCAAUCUGAUGGAAAUGAUACUCAAUGACAAAGAAGCAAUUAUUCAGAUCUCUGGAAAAUAUUACUCUGGUUACAUCUAUGAGCUUGUGUUUAUCACUAAUCAGUGGCGCUUUUUUAAAGUGGGACAGUCUAGUGGGGUAUCAUUUAACUUCUAUCCAACCCAGAAAGGAAAUGAGCUGCGUUUUCUCAGUGGUCGACAGAAUGGAAAUGGCAUCACCUCUAUUGGGGCUCACUGGGCCGCAAUACGUACUGCACCUGGAAAAGCCUGAAAUUAAUUUUUAUCAUCUUAAAUUUUAAUUUAAUUUGACCUUAUUACAGAGAAACAUAGAAAAAUGAAUCUUGUACUUGAAUAUCUUUGAUCAUUUGAUUAUAUUGUUUUAACCUGUACUAUGUUAAGGGGAUGUUCUUAUACUUUAUAAAUUGUAAAACAAAACAAAACAAAAAAGUGUAUUAAAUAAAAAUA